GGAGGCCUUGGAGGAGGAAAAUGCCAAAGAUGACCCAAUGAUUUCAUUCCAAUUGUUGCUGAAAACCUCUUCUGAAAGGAAAUGGCUUGGACUGGACUUCUUUUAUUAUUAUUGGUAUUCAUUCUAACAGCUUUAUUCCUUUUCAAAAUGGGUAGUUCCCAGAGUAACAGCUCCCAAAACCUUCCACCUGGACCCAGGACCAUACCUAUUUUGGGAAAUCUGCACAUAAUGGAUUUCAAGAGGCCUUUUAAGACAAUGAUAAAGUUGUCAAAAGAAUAUGGUCCCGUUUUCCGUCUUCAAAUGGGAUCCCAGGAAAUGGUAGUGCUGACUGGCUAUGAGACAGUCAAAGAGGCUUUGGUGAACCAGGCAAAGGCAUUUGCAGAGAGGCCCAUCGUCCCCAUUUUUGAGGAUUAUGCAAAGGGCUUUGGCAUUAUUUUUUCUCAUGGUGAGAACUGGAGACAGAUCCGGCAGUUUUCAAUCUCUGCAUUACGGGAUUAUGGAAUGGGCAAGAAGAUUGUUGAAGACAAAAUCAGUGAAGAGUGCAGUAUCUUGACAAAGGCAUUUGAGAUUUAUGAAGGAAAGCCAUUUGAUCCAGCAACAAUUUUGAAAGCUGCAGCUGCCAAUAUCAUAGUUUUCUUUUUACUUGGCAAGAGGUUUGAAUAUGAAGAUGCUACACUUAUAAGAAUACUGGAAUUAGUUGAAGAAAAUAUACAUCUUGCAACAAGCCCUGCUAUAUUGGUGUAUAAUGUGUUUCCCAAGUUGGGAUUCCUUCUGGGUGCUCAUAGGACAGUAAUGAAUAACCGGGAAAAGUACCAUGAUUUCAUAGAGUCCACAUUCCUCAAAGAUAUCAAAGAGUUUGACGAAAAUAACCCGAGGACUUUUAUUGAUGCAUUUCUUGUUCGUCAGAAACAGGAGAAUAAGAAGUCAACACAUAGCUAUUUCCAUAAUGAUAAUCUUAAAACUCUUGUGGAUAACCUAUUUGGUGCUGGCAUGGAAACAACCUCAAACACAUUGUGCUGGGCCACACUCCUAAUGAUGAAGUAUCCAGAGGUUCAAAGGAAGGUCCAAGAAGAAAUUGCAAAAGAGAUUGGGGUUCGUCAGCCAAGGACAGAAGACCGAUUCAAAAUGCCUUACACCAAUGCUGUAAUUCACGAAAUUCAAAGGUUUGCUGAUAUUGUUCCAACCAAUUUGCCCCAUGCAACCACCAUGGACAUAACUUUCAAAGGAUUCUUCAUUCCCAAGGGCAUGUACAUCAUUCCAUUGCUGACCUCUGUGCUCCAUGAUGAAUCCCAGUGGGAGAAACCUCAUGAAUUCUAUCCUGAGCAUUUUCUUGACUCUGAAGGAAAAUUUGUGAAGAGGGAUGCGUUCAUGGCUUUCUCUGCAGGUCAGAGAAUAUGUCCUGGUGAGGACCUUGCCAAAAUGGAGCUCUUCCUUUUCUUUACCAACCUCCUCCAGAGAUUUACCUUCCAGCCGCCUUCAGGAACAUCUAAAGAUGAUCUGGACCUGACUCCUGUUCUUGGACUUACGACCCCUCCCGUGCCUUACAAGACCUGUGCUGUGUUAUCCUGAUCUGACAGAAAAAACUCAUAAUCAGCUAUUUUCUCAGCUUUUAAAUACCUUUACUUUGACAGAGAGUCAAAAUCUGACAACCUGAUUACAUAUUACAUUAUAUUCAUUACCUUUAUUUUAUUGGAAUUCCACCUUUAUUAUUUUUACAAAUAACUCAAGGAAGUUAUCCUACCCUUAUUUUCCCAAAGCUCUUUGGGUUAAGAAGGGAGACUGGCCCAAAGUUACGCCAGCUAGAACUCACAGUCUCCUGGUGAUUAGCCCAAAGUCACCCAGCUGGAUUUCAUUGCUAAAGUGUGACCUGAAUUCCCAACCUCCUGUUUUCUGGGCUGGUGUCUUAAUCCCUGGACCAAGCUAUCUAUUGUUCAGGUUUCAUAUGUUGCGUAAAAGCUGAAUAGCAAUAAUGUAUAGACACAUAAAAUAUAGGGUAGAACAACUGGAAAUUAUAAAAAACAAAGUGCUUUGUAUCAUUAUUACUGAAUUUUUCUUUUAGGACCAUUUGUUUCCUUUGGCUUUUACUAUUCUGUCUCCUUCCUAUUUCUGUUUACAUUUUUUUGGGCUGUUAUUGGGCUUGCUAAGUGAUGACGUCUUUAAUAGUAGUUCCCAAUGUUGCGAAAAUACCCGAACAACCCCCCUUGCUCUUGAAGAAAGAUCCAGGGAUGUCAAAAAUCCCGGGGACCAGGGUAGAAUCAAGUUACAGGAUGUGGAACAGGUCCGCUCCCGUCAACAGCGCAUUAUUUAUGCUUGGGGACGGAACCGUAAGCAAUACCAACACCUAAAGUCAACUAUCUGACAAACCCUGUAAGAAAAAGCAAAGCAUAGGAAAAAUGGGCCCCUGCAACAUUUUGCAGAAAAGAGAACUAUAUGUUAAGAGUGCUGGAGUUAGGUCAAAGCUUAAUCAGUCUGACCCUGCCCUGGGUCAAAAAUACUGGUUGUGUUUGUCUGCUGGACCUUCACCUUAUCAUGCUGUUUCAAUUGAGUCAGGUCUUUGGGAAAAGACCAGAGCUAUGAUAGUCUUUGACAAGGGAUGUAGAUGGGGAACUAAAAUGGCAAAAGCCCAGCUACUUGGCGAUCUGUAUGACGCACUUAAAAGACUGGGGAUGAGCCAUCUCCCCAUUAUUGGCCCCAUAGCAGUUGGUGUAGAAAUUAUAGGGUCACCCUCCUUGUGUACCAAACGAUAUCAGGAGCCUGGCAUUCCUGUGGGGUCACUAUCAGAGGAACAAUGCCCAUCUGAAAUGUACCUUGCCCCCAGGAAAACCCUUGUAGAUGUAAAAUUGACUCGCAGCAUGUCUCCCUCUGUUCACAAGCCCUUCCAACAGAAAGUCACUUUUUCGCUCCUACCUCCACUUGUUUUAACUGAUGGGAGGGGAAUCUGACCACUGGAAGCUGCCCAAGGCCAUUCCAACCACCCUGACUUCCUGUUUGGCUUUCAAUACAAUCCACUAUGGGAGUUUGUGUUUACAAAGGAACUUCCAAGCCCAUGCCUUCUCCAUGAACAUCGGCAUAUGUGUAGGAGAAAAUGGAGUUUUCUUUCUAUGUGGGAGAAAUGCAUAUCUAUGUUUACCCACCAAUUGGACUGGCACAUGCACUCUAAUACACCUCCUCCUUAAAAUGGGGGUGGUAAGUGGGGAACAGGCCCUCCAUGUACCCUCAUGGGACAUGUCCAGAAAAGAGUGCUACUCCUAAUUCUGCUAUUAGUGAUCUUGGGAAUAGGGACUGCAGUUGGAACGGGUGUAGGUGGAAUGAUCCAUUCCAUUACACAGUUCAGGCAAUUCAGAAGAAUUCAGAAGAAUUCCAAGAAAGCCUGAACCAAAUUGCUGGCACCUUGAUUGCAGUCCAAGACCAAAUAAAUUCCUUAGCAGCCACCGUGUUACAGAACUGGCGUGCCAUAGAUCUUUUAACUGCUGAAAAGGGUGGCUAUGUGUAUUCCUGGGAGAAGAUUGUUGUUUCUAUACGAAUAGAUCAGGAGCAGUUCGGGUGGGGGAGGUUCAAGAACUACGAGAUCGAGCUUCCUCUAUUGGUCAAAAAAAUAAAAGGAACAGAUGUGUGGUUCUCUUGGCUACUGGGAGCAGGUUGGAUUAAGCAAAUGCUAUUUCUUUUAUUAUGUGGAAUCGCAAGUUUAGCCUUCCUCCCUUGCAUAAUACCCUUGCUUGAGCAGCUCAUUAUGAGGUCUGUAAAAGAGAUACGGGCUGAAAAGGAGUUAAUGUUAAUGGAAAGCCUAAUCCCACAUACCCUCAAUGGAAAUGAAGUUUCAGAUACUAGCUCCUAUAUUCAAAUUGCACUCUUAGAAGUAGAGAAAGUGAUUCUGGAAGAUAAGCCCUAAAAUGUGUAUUGCUUGUUUCCUUGCUUUUUUGCUAUUAUGUAUCCUGCAUGCUUAUAUUGUUAAUCUAACAGGCUAGACUCAAUUGUGGGCAUUAACAGAAUCUAGAAGGGGGGAAUAAAGUAGAAUAAAAUAUGAAUUAAAAAUAUAAGAAUGAAGACGUGGCAAAAGGGACAGUUAGAAGCUUGC